AUGAAGAUAGUUAUGGUGCCAAUGCUUCUGACCCUGACUCUUUGCCUCAUACAAGAUGCUGCCAGCAAGGAUGAAAAUCAGGAAACAUGUGAUGAAUUCCGAGCAUUGAUGAAGACUGGAAAAUUAUUUUGUCUCCAGAAUAAAGGUCUUUUUCAAAGCCCUGAUGGAAUAAUGCUCAUCCAAAAAUGUGCCAGGUGCAAAGUGAUAUUGGAAAAAGAAGCAAAAUCCCAGAAAAGGGCCAGGCAUUUGGCAAGAGCCACCAGAGCCACUGACCCAGCAAAGGAUGUGUGUAGUGAUUUUCGGCCCUAUGUGAAGGACGGAAGACUUGGAUGCACAAGGGAAAAUGAUCCUGUUCUUGGUCCUGAUGGGAGGAUGCAUGGCAAUAAGUGUGCGAUGUGUGCUGAGCUGUUUUUAAAAGAAGCUGAAGAAAAUGCCAAGCGAGAAGCUGAAACCAGAAUUGGACAAAAUGCUGAAAAGGAUUUUUGCAAGGAAUAUGAGAACCAAGUGAGGAAUGGGAAACUUAAUUGUAUACGUGAGAGUGACCCAGUCCGUGGCCCUGAUGGCAGGAUGCAUGGCAGCAAAUGUGCCCUGUGUGCAGAAUUUUUUAAACAACAUUUUUCAGAAGAAAAACAUAAAGCAGAUGAGAACCUGAGAAAGGCUAAAGAAAAAGUUAAAGUUAAAAGAGAAAUUGAGAAACUCUGCAGAGAAUAUCAGGAUCGCGCGAAGAACGGAAUGCUUUUCUGUACCAGAGAAAAUGAGCCUAUUCGUGGUCCAGAUGGAAAAAUGCACAGCAACUUAUGUUCCAUGUGCCAAGCCUUCUACCAAGCAGAAGCUGAAGAAAGGAAAAAGGCUGAAGCCGAAGCAAGAAAUAAAAGAGACUCUGAAAAGGCACCCUCAUAUGCAGAGCUGUGCAAUGAAUACCGCAAAUUUGUGAGGAAUGGAAUACUCGCUUGCACUAGAGAGAACGACCCUAUCCACGGCCCUGAUGGGAAAAUGCAUGGCAACACCUGCUCCAUGUGUGAGGCCUUCUUCCAAACGGAAGAAGAGGAAAAGAAAAAGAAGGAAGGUGAUUCAAGAGAUAAAAGACCAUCUGAGACUACAACUUCAUUUGAGGAGUUGUGCAGUGAAUAUCGCAAAUUUAUGAAGAAUGGACGGCUUCUCUGCACUAGAGAGAAUGACCCCAUCCAGGGCCCAGAUGGGAAAAUGCAUGGGAAUACUUGUUUCAUGUGUGAAGCCCUCUUUCAACAACAAGAAAGAGCAAGAGCAAAGGCUAAAAGAGACGCUGCAAAGGACCUCUGCAGCGAAUUUCGGGACAAAGUGAAAAAUGGGAUGCUCGUAUGUACCUGGGAGAAUGAUCCUGUCUUUGGCCCAGAUGGAAGAAUGCAUGGAAAUAAGUGUGCUAUGUGUGCAAGUGUGUUAAAAUCUGAAGUAGAUGAGAAGAAAAAUAACGAGAAGGAAGAAAAGGAAAAACUUGAGGCUGAAAACGUUAAGAUAGAAGCAGUACAGAAGCUGUGCAGUGAAUACCGCAACUAUGUAAGGAAUGGGCAGCUCGUAUGUACCAGAGAGAACAACCCCAUCGAGGGUCCAGAUGGGAAAAUUCAUAGCAAUACUUGCUCCAUGUGUGAGGCCUUCUUCCGGCAAGAAGAAAAAGAAAAAGAAGUUAAAGCCAGAGCAAUAGCUAAAAGAGCAGCUGAAAAGGAUAUAUGUAGUGAAUUUCGGAGUCUUUUGCAAAAUGGAAGUAUUUUCUGCACACGAGAAAAUGAUCCUGUGCUUGGCCCAGAUGGCAAGACCCAUGGCAACAAGUGUGCCAUGUGUAAAGAAAUCUUCCAGAAAGAAGAUGAGGAAAGAAAGAGGAAAGAAGAGGAAGGUCAGAGAACUGUGUCAGGAUAUGGUCCCAAUGGUGGUGGUGGUGGAGGUGGAAAAUCUCAGGACCAAUGUGCUGAAUACCGGGAAAAAAUGGAAAAUGGAAAACUCAAUUGUACUCGGGAGAGUGAUCCUGUAUGUGGUGCUGAUGGAAAAUCAUACAAUAAAUGUACCACGUGUAAAGAAAUACUUCAAAGAGAAGCAAAUGAAAAAAAUAAUUCUGACUUCAGAUCAAAUGAGUCUGAAUCAGCAUCAGAAAAGGACAUAUGUGAUGAGUUUAAAAGUCAAAUGAAAAAUGGACAACUUAUCUCUACUUGGGAGAGUGACCCUGUCCGGGGUCCAGACAGCAAGACACACGGCAAUAAGUUUGCAAUGUGUAAAGAAAGACUAUGUUCUUCCAUUGUUUCUUCCCGGGAAAGGGAAGCAGCUGAAAAAAAGAAGAAAGAGGAGAAAGACACGAGAAAAAGUAAUGAAAAGAGCAAUGAAAAAGAGGAUCAGUGUCAUGAAUUCAGGAACCUACUGAGAGGGGGAUAUCUUCUGUGCACCAAAGAAAAUGACCCUGUUCAAGGCCCAGAUGGCAAGAUGCAUGUCAACAAGUGUGCAAUGUGUCAGAGUGUCUUUGAGCAAGAAGCUAAUGAAAGAAAAAAGAAUGAUGAAGAAAAAUCACGUGCGAAAACUUCAAAUGACUCGAAGGGCCAGUGCAGAGAGGUUCCAAAUGAAGCAGAGAAUGGAAAGCUUAGACAGUCUGGACAUCCCUUGACCUUCAUUGCCAGGAUAAGUGCAGAUGAGUGCAGUAACUUUCGGCAGUACGUUAGGAGUGAGUCACUCAUCUGCACUCAAGAGAAUGACCCUGUGCGUGGUGCCGACGGAAAGUUCUAUAAAAACAGGUGCUUCAUGUGCAGAGCUGUCUUUCAAAAACAAGCAUUGGAAAAGGCAAGAAUUCUAGAAAAGCCAACUCAUGUUGGAUCUUCUGAAGAAGAAGACGGCCCAGAUUCCCCCAAUAUUUUGCUGGAUUCUGAUAUGUGCAAACACUAUCGAGUAUUGCCCAGGGUGGGUUACCUUUGCCCAAAGAACUUACAGCCUGUCUGUGGUGAUGAUGGCCAGACAUACAACAAUCCCUGCAUGCUCUGUCAUGAAAACCUGAUACGCCAAACUAAUACACACAUACGUUUUAUAGGGAGGUGUGAGGAGAAUAGCACACCAGGAAAAUCACCGCUCAGCCUGUCUACACCUGUAAGUACAAGGACGUUCCUGAUUAUGAUGUUAGAACACAUUGGUCCUGCUUCUGUAAUUUUGCACUAG